AGGAGAGAGCGUUAGUUCGUGAACACACAACAUUGGGGGAUGAUACGAAAGCAGCCCGGAAUAGCGAACCGCGAGUGCUAUCUCGGAAUCAGUCUCCGAAAUUAAUUUACCGGCUGAUUAGGUUGGGAAGCGCAUCGCUCCGCCUCUGAGCGAAACGUCGCCCCGCAAUCGACCCCAGCCGCUCCAAUUGAAGUGACACUGAGCGAUGGCGAAUAAGCCGCCUAGCAGAUGGAGCGAGUACUGCGAGAUGCACGAAGUCAUAGAGGGGACUCGUUUUCUGCCAUUCAAAACCCCGUUCAAAAGAGCAGUCCUCAACCCGAAAAAUUCUAUUCGGGAGAGCUUCAACGCCAUUGAUUUGCUCAGAAAAGUCGGGAACCUGGGACUCGUCUUGAAUUUAGUCAAAACAGACCGUUACUAUAAUGCAGCGUUGUACGGAUCGAAGAAAGUCGAAUAUCACCACGUACGCUUGACUGGUGGAGGGAGGGUACCGUCUGGGGACGAAAUUGCCGAUGUGUUCCGUCGACUUGAUCGAUUUAUCCUCCGCAACAAGGACGAUCCUGCGAAACUCAUCGGAGUACAUUGUACUCAUGGAGUGAACAGGACGGGCUAUAUAAUUUGUCGGUACAUGAUUUGUAAACUCGGAUUCGAACCUGACGAAGCUAUCCGGAGGUUCGAGAAGGGUCGGAGGCAUCGAUUCGAUCAUGAAGAGUACGUAGAGGCUCUGCGUACCCUGCGACCGGCAGUGGAUGAUUCCGCGAGGGAAUGGCACUCUGUGGGAGGCCGCAUAAUCAGCGGUGAAGAAGAAUCAGAAGACGAUUUCGAUCCCGACGAGCUGGAGCGUCUUGCACGGAAACGGAAAUCUUCUUCCUCGGAAAGGUCAGCCAAUCACCGUGACUCCAACGGCGGGUUCUCCACGGCGGGAGCAAAACGCCGGGGACGCGAAGACGCUGAUCGACCACGACGGCCCUGGAGUUCCUCUUCUAGCUCGAGAAGUCGACGAGACGAUCGAUCGAGAAGUCCAGUGAGAAUUUCUCGGAGGGACGGCGGUGACCACAGGAGCUAUGGGGAUCGGAGUUCGCAAGGAGCAGAAUCGAACGAUCGACUCUGGCCCUACACUGGACAUCGAACUCCUGGAGGGAGGUUCAAUGCGCCGGAGUACCUCGGACCUCGGCAUGAGGAUUGGAGGCGGAGGUACUGACAUGCGUCACGUUCGAGCGCGAUGAGAAAGAGAAAAAUAAUUGUCCAUAAAUAUAUCCAAUAUGAUAUUAUUCUGAUAAAUACGUAAAUUGAAAUU